AUGUCGCACUCUCACGAUCACGAUGCUGGCGUCAGCCACUCCCACGAUGACCCUUUUAAUGGCCACGGUCACUCCCACGACAUCCUCGAUGGACCCGGCUCAUACCUCAACCGCGAAAUGCCGCUGAUUGAAGGCCGCGACUGGAAGGACCGCGCGUUUACCGUCGGUAUUGGAGGACCCGUCGGUUCUGGCAAGACUGCCCUCAUGCUAGCCCUUUGCCACGCCCUGCGCGACCAAUAUAACAUUGCGGCUGUUACCAACGAUAUCUUUACCCGAGAAGACGCCGAAUUCCUAACCCGGCACAAAGCCCUCGCGCCCUCGCGCAUCCGCGCAAUCGAAACAGGCGGCUGCCCCCACGCCGCCGUCCGCGAAGACAUUUCCGCAAACCUCCUCGCCCUGCAAACGCUCCAGCGCCAAUUCACAACCGACCUGCUGCUCAUCGAGUCCGGCGGCGACAACCUAGCCGCCAACUACUCGCGCGAGCUGGCGGAUUUCAUCAUCUACGUUAUCGACGUGGCGGGCGGAGACAAGGUGCCUCGCAAGGGCGGGCCGGGGAUUACGGGCUCUGACCUGCUGGUUGUUAAUAAGAUUGACCUUGCUGAGGCUGUCGGAGCGGAUUUGAAGGUUAUGGAGCGGGAUGCGGGGAAGAUGCGGGAGGAUGGACCGACUGUUUUUGCGGUUGUUAAGGAUGGGAAGGGGAUGGAGCAUAUUGUUAAUUUGAUUCUUAGUGCUUGGAAGGGGAGUGGGGCUUAUGAGGUUAGUUUGCAGCGCUGGAAGGAGGGGGCUGUUAGGGGGUCGGGGAGUGUUGAUGAGUAG